AUGUCACUCCCGAAGCUCUCGCACACGCUCGACGAGGCCCUCGCGCUUCUCCUCCCCUCGUCCUCGACCUCCGCCUCGUCGUCCUCGUCGGCCACCCCUCAGCCCGCCGGCAACUGCCUCCCCAUCUGGGCCACCCUGCCAGCAGACGUCCUCACCCCUGUCAUCGCCUACCUGCGCCUGACCGACGGCGCGAGCGGCGUCGAGAGCUUUUUGCUCGAGAGCGCCGUCAAGGGCGAGACGGCGGGCAGGUGGAGCUUUGUCGGCGCCAACCCGGACAAGGUGUACCGGACAGGGCCGUCCGAGGACGUCUCGGGCGACCCGCUCGUGCCGCUCGAAAAGGUGCUCGACGGUUACAAGUUCAUCCAGGUCCAGGGCGCUCCUCCUCUUACCGGCGGCGCGAUCGGCUACGUCGGGUACGACUGCAUGCGCUUCUUCGAGCCCAAGACGGCGCGCGACGACCUGUCGGACCCGGUCGGGAUCCCGGACUCGGUCUUCCUCCUGCACGACACGGUCGUCGCGUUCGACCACCUGUUCCAGCGCGUGUACGUCGUGUCGCACGUGUACGCCAAGGACGCCGCCUCUGCGACGCACGACGCCGUCCGCGAGUCGUACGACGCCGCCGUCGUCAAGAUCAAGGCCGUCGCCGCAAAGGUCACGGCCUCGACGCCGCUCCCGCUCCCGCACCAGCCGCCCGUCGUGCCCGCGUCGGUCCCCGCCGGCGAGACGCCCGAGGCGCGGUACGCUCGGCUCGACAAGCUGAGCAACGUCGGCAAGGAGGGCUACGAGCGGUUCGUCACGAGCCUCAAGGAGAAGAUCGUCCAGGGCGAGAUCAUCCAAGCCGUGCCGAGCCAGCGGCUUCGGAGGGAGACCAAGCUGCACCCGUUCAACGUGUACCGCCACCUGCGCCAGCUCAACCCGUCGCCGUACAUGUUCUACAUCGAGUGCGGCAAGGGGACGCAGCUCGUCGGCGCGAGCCCAGAGUGCCUGUGCAAGGUCGAGGACGACGGCAAGGUGACGAACCACGCCAUCGCGGGCACCGUCAGGAGGGGCAAGAACCCGGCCGAGGACGCCGCCCUCGCCGCCGAGCUGUCGGCCUCGGUCAAGGACCGCGCCGAGCACGUCAUGCUCGUCGACCUCGCGCGCAACGACAUCAACCGCGUGUGCCAGCCCGAGACGGUCGUUGUCGACUCGCUCAUGCAGGUCGAGAAGUUCUCGCACGUCAUGCACCUCACGAGCCAGGUCAGCGGCAAGCUGCGCAAGGGCCUAACGAGGUUCGACGCCUUCCGCUCCAUCUUCCCCGCCGGGACCGUUUCGGGCGCGCCCAAGAUCCGCGCCAUCGAGCUCAUCGCGUCGCUCGAGCGCGAGCGUCGCGGCGUGUACGCCGGCGCCGUCGGCCACAUCGACUUCAGCAAGGGCAUGGACACGUGCAUCGCGAUUCGCACCAUGGUGUUCCGCGACGGCGUCGCGUACCUCCAGGCCGGCGGCGGCAUCGUGUUCGACAGCGUCGAGGAGGACGAGUACGUCGAGACGGUCAACAAGCUCGGCGCCAACGUCAGGUGCCUCGAGGAGGCCGAGGCCUACUACGCGGCGCUCCAGGCCGCGGAGGGAGCAUAG